AGGAAUUUCUGAUAUCUUAAUUAUAUACGGUGGACUUGACUUACAGAGGCAUGCUUUCCUGUUUUCUGCUUCUAGCUAGUUGUGCAGGACAGACAGUAAUUUCCUUGAACAUCUGUAAGGAUGGUUCCUGGAAAGCAUGAAGAGCCAACGAUGGUGAUGGAUACCAACUACCAACUGGUUGUUUGUAUUUAGUCGCACAAUGUUGUCCUCUGCUACUUUAUACUUCAAUUAUCAUCGGUGAGCUGUGUCCACGUUGGUUACUGGUUAGUUUAUUAGCAAGUCCAUCUCAGCUAUAAACUUAAAGAAAGGGCAAGUAGUUGGAUCAGAUCUGCUAUUGCCUUGUUGACCUGCUGUUUGGGGAUUUGAGCAUCUCAUUCUCUUGCAACACAACAUUGUUAGCUCCUACUAUCUGCGUCUCCUGCAACUUUGCCUCGUCUCUGCGCCGGCUCCUACAACUCUCCUUCUGUUCCAACACGUGUUCAUCCAUUGUUAUAUUGACUGGUUAUUUCCACCUCUGAUCCCGAAGCACUUUCAAUUGCUCAUCUAUUGAUAUUCAGAUUUUUCAUCCAUCAAAGAGUCAAGAAACAGUUCAUGUUCUAUCUUCAGAUUAUUCGGACCAAAAAAUAAAACCCCACAACUCAAUGGAAGUUGCAUUAGCUAGCGCUGCCGUAAGUGUUAGCUUAAAAGUGGCCGCAUCUCCAGCCUUGAAGAAGCUGCUUGCUAAUGCUUCAAAGUACCUUGGAGUGGACAUGGUGCGUGAGCUCCAUGAACUGGAGACCACUAUCAUGCCGCAACUCGAGCUGGUGAUUGAAGCAGCGAACAAGGGAAACCACAGGCCCAAGUUGGACAAAUGGCUUCAGGAACUCAAAGAAGGCUUCUACAUGGCUGAAGACUUGCUGGACAAGCAUGAAUACAACCUUCUCAAGCUCGAAGCAAAGGGCAAGGAUUCCUUAUCGGCCAAUGCUUCCUCCAUCAGCAGCACUUUUAUGAAGCCUGUGCGUGCUGCAUCGAGCAGGCUGUCCAAUUUGAGCUCUGAGAACAGAAAGCUAAUUCACCAGCUGAAUGAACUCAAGGCUACCCUGGCGAAAGCCAAGGAAUUUUGUGAGGUGCUCUGCUUGCCAACUGGUUAUAAUGCAGAGAGCCCCGCCAUACCAUCAGCUGAUGUUCCUGAGACCACAUCAAUAUCACCUCUGAAAGUGAUUGGUCGUGACAAGGACCGCGAUCGCAUAAUAGAUAGACUCACCAAGACCACUGCUACUACUGAGUCUAGUACAGCCAUUUACUCGGGUUUGGCCAUUGUUGGAGCUGGAGGCAUGGGAAAGUCCACCUUGGCACAACUUGUUUACAAUGAUACAAGGGUAAAAGAUUAUUUUGAUGUCAGAAUGUGGGUAUGUAUCUCACGCAAACUUGAUGUCCGUCGUCACACACGCGAGAUCAUCGAGUCUGCCUCUCAGCGGGAAUGCCCACGCAUUGAUAACCUUGAUACUCUACAACGUAUCUUGUCAGACAUACUGCAAGAAUCAGGGAAAUUCCUGCUUGUGUUGGAUGAUGUAUGGUUUGAACCUGGCAGCGAGAGGGAAUGGGACCAGCUGCUAGCUCCUCUAGUCUCCCAACAUAUAGGAAGCAAAGUUUUAGUAACUUCUCGACGGAAUACAUUUCCAACUGCUCUUUACUGUGCCGAAGUGUGUCCCUUGAAAAACAUGAAAGAUUCUCACUUCUUGGCACUCUUCAAACACCAUGCUUUCUCUGGACCAGAAAUCAGAAAUCAUGCAAAACACGGAAGAUUGCGUGAAAAGCUGGAAAACUUUGCAGAGAAGAUUGCUAAAAGGCUUGGACAAUCUCCUUUGGCGGCCAAAGUUGUGGGUUCCCAGUUGAAAGGGAAAACCGAUAUAUCUACAUGGAAGGAUGCUCUAACUUUAAUGAUUGACAAAUUAAGUGAACCUAUGACAGCACUGUUGUGGAGUUAUGAGAAGUUAGAUCCAUGUCUACAGAGGUGCUUCCUAUAUUGCAGCUUGUUUCCAAAAGGCCACAAGUAUGUCAUUGAUGAGUUGGUUCAUCUUUGGAUGGCAGAGGGCCUUCUUGAUUCGUGCGAUCGAAACAAGAGAGUUGAAGAUGUUGGGAGGGAUUGCUUCAAGGAGAUGAUCUCUGUUUCAUUUUUUCAACCUGGCAAAGAUCGCAAAUACUAUGUUAUGCAUGAUUUCCUUCAUGAUCUGGCAGAAUCACUCUCCAAAGAAGACUACUUCAGGUUGGACGAUGAUAAGAUACUACAGAAUUUGAAGAAGUUGCGCGUAUUAUUUUUGUCAUCUUACAGUAGUAGCAAGUUGCCAGAAUCUGUUGGUGAGUUGAAGCACCUUCGGUAUUUAAACAUCAUCAGAACACUGAUUUCAGAAUUGCCAAGAUCAUUGUGUACUCUUUACCACUUGCAGUUACUCCUGAUAAAUGAUAAAGUUGUGAGUUUGCCUGAGAAACUCUGUAAUUUAAGGAAGUUACGGCAUCUUGACUGGCAUGAUUAUAGAAUGUGCGAUCCAGGGAGAAAAGCACUGCCUCAAAUUCCUAACAUUGGCAAGCUAACUUCACUUCAACAGUUUCAGAAACUUUCUGUGCAAAAGAAAAUGGGAUAUGAAUUGCAACAGCUGAGGGAUAUGAACGAGAUUCGUGGCAGUUUAAGUGUAACAAAUCUUGAGAAUGUCACUGGGAAGGAUCAAGCCUUAGAAUCGAAGCUGAAUCAGAAAAUUCAUCUUGGCAGCUUGCGACUUGGAUGGUGUUGCAAGAAUAACACCAAUGGAGAGGAUAGUUCACAUUUGGAGAUUAUAGAAGGCCUGAUGCCGCCACCUCAACUUAAGAAUCUUACAAUUGACGGUUACAAUUCUUCAAAAUAUCCAGGUUGGUUACUUGAUGGUUCGUAUUUUGAGAAUUUAGAAUCUUUGAGGUUCGAAAAUUGCAGCGCGUUACAAGGCCUACCAUCCAACACUGAGCUAUUUGGGAAUUGCUCUUCACUUGCCCUCUUCAAUGUGCCAAACCUGAAGACAUUACCUUGUCUUCCACUGGGCCUUACAUGGUUAGGAAUAUCCAAUUGCCCACUGCUUAUAUUUGUUUCCAAUGAUGAGCGAGAAUAUCAAGAACAUCAAGAACAGAGCGAGAAUAUCAUGAGUAUAGACCACUUGGCGUCACAACUUGGUUUACUCUGGGAGGUGGAUUCAGGAUCAGAUAUUAGGAGAAUACUCUCAUCGGAACAUUCAUUUCUGAAGCAGCUGAUGAUAUUGAUGCAUGCUGAUGUCUCACGUGUUCAUAACCUUGGAAGUGUCCUUGGAAGAAAGAAAAAGAAAGUGGUUAAAGAGGAUAUCAUCAACGCAUGGAUACACUGUCACGAGCAGAUGAUGAGUCUCGUGCAUGGAAGGAGCAUUAGGCUGCCACUGGUUCCACCAUCGGGACUUCGUGGGCUUUCUCUUUCUUCAUGCAGUAUUACAAAUGAAGCUCUAGCUGUUUGCCUUGAUGGCCUGACUUCACUGAAAAGUUUAUCCUUACACAAAAUUAUGACUUUAACCACACUUCCUUCAGAAGAGGUCCUCCAACAUUUGACAAAACUUCACCGCUUGGGCAUUGUAAGUUGCUGGUGUCUCAGGUCAUUAGGAGGUUUACGAGCUGCUACCUCUCUUUCAGAUGUUCACUUGAGUUCUUGCCCUUCUUUGGAGUUGUCACAUGGAGCAAAAUGUUUACCAUUGUCCCUUGAGAGCCUCACUAUACAUUAUUGCGUGCUUCAAGCUAACUUCUUCUGUACUGACUGGCCACACGUGAAUCGUAUUUCCAUAUACAACUGCAGAAGCAGCGCAUGCUUAUCUGUUGGUAGUCUCAUAUCUGUUAAAUCACUCUCACUGAAUGGCUUGCCAGAUUUAUGUAUGCUCGAAGGAUUAUCUUCCCUGCAACUUCACCACGUACAUUUCACUAGUCUCCCAAAACUCUAUCCCAACUGUAUCUCACAGUUUCGAGUCCAGAAGUCACUGUAUGUUGACAGUCUUGUAUUACUCAAGAACAUGCUCUCAGAUGAAGGUUUCACAGUUCCAGCAUUUCUCUGUCUUGAAGGAUGCAAUGAACCAUUCGUUUUCGAAGAAUCCGCAAAUUUCACAUCAGUCAAGACCCUGAGAUUCUAUGAUUGUCAAAUGACUUCCCUGCCAACAAAUCUGAUGUGCUUCUCCAAUCUGAAGAAGCUCGACCUCUAUAGCUGCUUCAAGAUAUCAUCUUUACCAGAUCUGCCAUCCUCCGUCGAGCACAUAUGUGUAUGGGGUUGUAAGCUAUUGAAGGAGAGCUGCCGAGCACCUGAUGGAGAAAGUUGGCCAAAGAUCGCGCAUAUCCGCUGGAAGGAAUUUAGAGUGUGAUCUAGAUUCCCCACCUACAAAUAAACGGAAAGGCCCUCCAGCAAGCUGUUACGAGGUGGAGUGCUUCAGCCUGGCUCAUCCUGCAGCCCAAACUGUCUUCGACUUCACGGGCCGGUGUUGAUCUCCUCAGUCUCUUUCCUGCUUUGCUGAUUGCUUCACGCAUUGCCCUCUCACUCGACUCGACCACCUCCUGCCCUCUGGUGAGGUUUUUGUAGUCGUGGUGUUGGUUAUCUUAUCUUCUUAUUCAUGCUAUUAUCAUCCAUUGACUGAACAAUUUCCGAAACCGUAGUCUAAUUGGCACGUUAUUCCAUCACUUAGUUUUGUCCUGUUUUGUUUUGAUUCGUACGACUGUAAUCUUUAUGUCUUGUGUGAUCUUACGUACCAUGUAACUGGAGGUCUCUUUUAUCAUUCACCCCCGUAAUGAGGUAUUUGAUGUACUGCA